AGUUGGAGCAACAAUUUGAUGAAAUCAUUGGAAGAAAUGUGCACGUUAGAGAAACAAGGAAAUCUCUUUAUCCUAACACUUACCGGAGAUGAUGAGCACAGACUCAAUCCCUCUCUUAUUGAUUCCAUCAGAGCCGCUCUCAAACGCGUAACAGCGGAAGCAACGAUCGGCUCAGCUCUGAUCACUACGGCUCAAGGCAAAUUCUUCUCUAACGGCUAUGAUCUCGCUUGGGCCACAGACACUGUUUCCGACCAGACUCGCUUAACCUUAAUGGACUCCAAGCUUAAGUCCCUCAUUUUUGACCUUUUCAACAUGCCAAUGCCGACUAUCGUGGCCAUAACUGGCCACGCUUCGGCAGCCGGCUUCAUCCUGGCGCUGAGCCACGAUUACGUCCUCAUGCGUAAGGACCGCGGGUUUCUCUACAUGAGUGAAAUUGAUAUUGGCCUAAACAUUCCAGCUUGGUUCGUGACUUUGGUGAAGAACAAAGUUAAGUCGCCUGCAGCUUGGCGUGAGGUGGUUAUGAGAGGUACUAAACUGACCGCUGACAUGGCAGUUGAGCAGGGCAUUGUGGACACGUCUCAUGUCGGUGUUGCGGAUACGGUGAAGGCAGCUGUGAAGCUUGGGGAGAAGCUGGUGGCAAGGAAAUGGGAUGGGAAAGUUUACGCUCACACCAGGAGAACUGUGUUUGCUGAUGUCUUGGUUGAGCUAACCACUGAAAUUGUAUCUAGACUGUAAGCAAGUAGGCCUUUUGAUAUUUGAAAGAUAAAAAAAACCAGGUCAUUAGCUUUAAGGAAUAUGUACCACUAGCUUAUUUGGUCAAACUUUCAAAAUUUGCUUAUUAAAAAUAAGAAUUUAUCUGGGUGA